GUUUGCUGUUAACCAAAUUUUAGUUUACUUCGUGCUCGGCUGCUGGCUUGUUCAACUACAUAAGUUUUUAGUUAGAAAUCAACGCGUGUGAAAUGUGUAGUUGACAAGUAGUUGCAGCUAAAAAUCAAUAUUUUAAAGUGUUAUUUAGUUAUAUAAGCUUUAAGUAGUUGUGUAAUACGAUUUUCUACUACAAUUAAGACGUCCAAACGCCUUGCAUUGUGUUUUAUCCUACGUCAGAUAUGUCCAGAUUUGUGAAUGGUUUGCGUGGUGUCUUCCACCGUCAUCCCUUUCUGGCCAACAGCGCCAUCUAUGGCAGCUUAUAUGUGGCUGCCGAAUAUUCGCAACAAUAUUUGGUGAAACGUUUGCUGCCGGAAACCGAAGCGGAAAAAGAGGAUAUCGAUUAUGCCACAAUAGGUCGGUAUGCUGUAAUGGGUACAACCGUUUUCGCACCAACACUCUAUACAUGGUAUAAAUGGCUGGAUCGCACCUUCCCCGGCACUGCCAAACAGAUAAUCGUUAAGAAGUUGGUGCUGGAUCAAUUUCUGUUAACACCUUAUCUGCUGACUGUCUUCUAUACAGGCAUGUCAUUGAUGGAGCAAGCUGAGGAUCCUUUCAAGGAGUUGCGUGAGAAAUUUGUACCCACAUUUGCACGCUCUUGUAUAUUUUGGCUGCCAGCGCAAACUUUGAAUUUCGUUAUGGUUCCACCGAGAUUUCGCGUGAUCUACAUGGGUGUCUGUGGCUUUAUCUGGGUGAAUAUUCUAUGUUGGAUUAAGCGACAACCCAAUGAGCUGGAGGCUGCGAGUGAGGUUAAACUGAAGAACCAGCAGUCAAUAGAGGCUUAAAAUAAGUAGAUUUUAUAAGCAUUUUUAGAAACGAAUUUUUUAAAUAACUUAGUUAACUAAAUAGGAAAUGCUAUGAGAUUUGAGUUUAUAUUUUAUUGUAAUGAGAGGCUUUUGAAAGAGCUUCUUUAGAAAAACAUUUUCAGGGUAUUUAAAUAAGAAAUAUUGAGCGGAGGCUUAUACAAAUAUGUAAAGUAUAUAUAUAAAUAAAUAAAUCGAUAAAUAUCGACAAA